AUGGCACGAAUCCGAGUUGGCCUUAUUGGCCUUUCGACCGCGAAAACCUUCACCGGACGUGGUUGCUGGACUGCAGUUUCCCAUCUUCCGGCUCUUCUUCAAUCGCCAGAAUACGAGAUUGUCGCUCUUGCAAACUCUAGCGUCGAAUCUGCAAAGCGAUCCAUUGCGGCACAAGGUCUUCCAGAAUCGACCAAGGCAUAUGGAAGUGUUGAUGACCUCGCCGACGACCCCGAUGUCGAUCUGAUUGUCGUAUCAGUUCGGGUAGAGAACCACUACGAACUUGCUAAAUCAGCCCUACUCAAGAACAAAAACGUUUUUGUGGAAUGGCCAAUGGCGGCUAAUACGGCCGAAGUUGAAGAAUUGGCGGCGCUCGCAAAGAAGAACAAUGUUCAAACAUUUAUCGGGGCCCAAGGCAGAGCAUCUCCGAUGAUGCAGAAACUAAAAGAAAUAAUUUCCAGCAAUAAGAUUGGCCGAGUCCUUAGUUCUUCAGUGGUUGCGUGCUCUUUAAGUCGCUCUGUGGAUGUCUGGCCCGAAAGCUUGAAAUCUUACCUCGACAUGGAGAGUGGUGGUAAUGAAUUCACUAUAAUCUUUGGUCACUUUCUCGAUUCAUUUGUCCACGUGUUGGGAGAUCUUUCGCACAUCCAGUCGAUUUUCAAAACGGGAUACAAGACCGUACAGCUUACAGGACCCGAUAACAACAUCGUUGAUCCAGCAUAUGUGAAAACUUCGCCCGACCAAAUUCUAGUGCAAGGAAUUACCAGUAGUGGGGCAGUAGCUUCGCUAUCUUUCCGAAAGCCAAGGUAUAACGGUGACGAACACGACCUACGAUGGUAUAUCUCCGGCACCGAGGGGGAAAUCAUGGUCACCGGCCCCUCAACAUGGUCAAUAGUUGAUAAGGACGCUGAAAUUCGAAUCAAGAAUGGAGACGGACCAUUUGAGGUGGUUGAUUUUCAGAGCUAUCGACUCCCUGCUGCUGAAACUCUCUCGCCAAUGGCUGCAAAUGUACACUCGAUGUAUAAUGCAUUCGCCAAGGGAGAUACAACCAAAUACGCAACAUUUGAGUCAGCAGCAAAUACUCAUAGGAUCCUGGAUGAAAUAAAGAAGGCUGCGUACACAGAUUAG